GUAUAGCGAGCAGUGUUUACUUCCUGGCAGGCACAUUUAACAAGAAGGGUUUCAAAAAAAACUUUAAAUUGAAAUAAAUUGAUAAUAUAAUACUAGUGACAGUGCAUUCCCAACAUGUCAAAAAUACAAUUGCUCAAUGUGUUUCUGCGUGAGCGAUUGAUCGCGGCUGCUGUAGAGAUAUUUGGAGUAGUUGAAAAUACGAUAGUAGAGUAUCAAGAAGAAGUCUCCCGUUCGAAGGAGGAGAACAAACGGUUACAGAACAUGUUGGAUUUGGUCAUGAAACCACAAAUAAAGUUACAUAGAGCAGAACCUAGGCAUCAUGUCUCAGAAGAGGAAAUGAAGGGCCUCAGUCUGCGGGAAGAAAGUUCAGAGCCCGCACAAAGUACAGUGGAACAGGACUUCAGGACGAGACUGGUAGAAGAGCAACUGCAAGGGCCUGAGUCUCAUAGUCAUAACAUAGAGUUUGUAUUCACUCCUCCUUGUGUGAAAAGUGGGUUUGAACAGGACCCUUGGCCCUCGCACCUUUUUAAAACCCAGAUUGUGGAGGACAAUGAGAUUAAUAAUCUGUCGAGUACCCUAGUGGAACACAUGAAAACAGAACCUGAUGGAGAGGGCUACGGAGUACCAACGAGUGACCCACAGUUCCUGUUUGCAGUAAACGCACACUGUUCUGCAGCUCCGAGUGAAAACAUGAGCCCCCUGCAACGGAAAACAAAGAGAGGAAGACCAUUUAGGCAUAUAGGAACACUGUCUGAAUUUAUGAAGAGACGCGCUUCAUAUGAUCGAUUUCGAUGCCAUGUCUGUGGAAAGGGGUUCCCAGCCAGGAAGGGUCUGGGAGACCACAUGACGACUCAUACAGGGGAGAGACCACACAGCUGUCACCUUUGUGGGAAAGGUUUCAAAGUGAAAAGUCAUCUGAAUGAGCAUAUCAGAGUUCACACAGGAGAGAAACCGUUUGUCUGCCCAGUCUGCGGGAAAGCGUUCAGGCAGGACGCUCAUAUGAAAGGGCAUUUGAGGAGGACUCACAAGGAGAACCCAUACCGAUGCCAUGACUGUGGCGAAAGCUUCAGUCAGAUGGGAGAGCUGCAAGUGCAUAGGACAGUGGCCUGUGGUAAGAUUGUCCUGGGCCUUUGACGUUACUGUCCUUUCCCUGAUGCCUUUGGUGACACAGACGUUUUAGUCUGGCAGUCAUGAUAAGGACAAUUGAAAUGUGUUAUUGAAGGAAAAAAGGAAGCAUAAUCUGUCCACAGAGUAAGAAAGGUUUGAGGGCGAAGCUCCUAUCUUAGCUAAAAUUCAUAAAUGGGAGGGCAUUUCUAGAAAGCAUGUAGCCUAUGUGGUUGGUUGUCUGUACAGUGCUGUGGAAAAGUAUUUGCCCCAUUUCCAAUUUUCUCUACUUCUACAUAUUUUGGAUACUGAAUGUUAUCAGAUCUUCAACCAAAAUCUGAUAUUAGAUGACAGGAACCUGAGUGAACAAUUUUUCUUCUCAGAAGAGUGGAGGCUGUUGUAACAGCAAAUGUCCAUGAUUUUGGAAUGAGAUGUUCGACGUGCAGGUGUCCACAUAACUUUAUGAAAUACAUUUGUGCCAUGUAGUGUAUGUAACACCCAAUGCUCCUGUGUGAGAAAGUAAUUGACCCCUUACACUCAAUAACUCACCUUUAACUGCAAUGACUCCAACCAAAUGCUUCCUGUUAGUUGAUCAGUCUCUAACGUCGCUGUGGAGGAGUUUUGGCCCACUCUUCCAUGCAGAACUGCUUUAACUCUGUGACAUUUGUGGAUUUUCAAGCAUUGAACUGCUUGUUCAAGUCCUGCCACAACCUCUCAAUUGGGAUUAGGCCUGGACUUAACUUCAAAUGUGUUGCUUUUUAGCCAUUUUCACGCAGACUUGAUUGUGUGUUUUAGAUCAUUGUCUUGCUGCAUGACCCAGCUGCAUUUCAGCUUCAGCACACAGCCGGAUGGCCUGACAUUCUCUGAUACAGAGCUGAAUUGAAUCCAAAACGCACAAGUCUAAAACAACCAGUUAUUGUGUGUAAGGGGGCAAUGACUUUUUCACACGGGAAUUGGGUGUUGCAUAACUUUAUUAAUAACACAACAAAUAUAUACUUAUUUGUAAAUUCAGGUUCCCAUUAUCUAAUAUUAGGUUUUGGCUGAAGAUCUGAUAACAUUCAGUUCCCCCCAAAAAUGAGAGAGAAUCAGAGAGAGGUCAAAUACUUUUUCACGGCACUGUAGGUGGUUCUCCAUCCAAUCUUUUUAAGCGAGUAAAGUCCGUUGGGGAAGAAAUAUGUCACGACAGCCCUGAUGGAAGCAGCUAAUUUGUCGGUACAGUUAACUUUCCAAAUGUCGACACAUGCUAUACAGAGUGGGAUCUUUUUGUGUCGGUAAAGUAAAUUAUGCAACAAAUGGCGCUGGAAACGCCUUUAUGCUCAAAUAUAUCGAAGUAAAAGUCAGAAGAUGAUAUGUUGUGUGGUCCUCCCACUGCGACUCAAAACGCAUGUCUUCUAUUAGGCUACAGAUUCAAUAAAUUAUGAACUUCACAGGCUGGUGAAAGUGCACAGUGAUGAGCUUGAUCAGUUCCAAUAAAUAUAGACUGUCUUAAACUCUUAUUCUGGUCACAUGAUGAUCGAUGCUUGGCUGUUUUGACAAAUCGAGGUAAUCUCACCAUGUAGGAAAGCCUACCUGCACUGUAUCUGCAAGCUGUUGGCUAGAGUACACGUGCCAAGACCAGAGUGGGCAUAUAAACUAUAUAACGCAAUUUUAUUUUUGACAAAACCAUCAGUAGAGUUGAAAAUGCAAUGGAAACCCAUUCAACUUGUAUUUUUAAUUCAGUUCAUGGGAAUUUAACCACACGAUGUCUAUUUUAUGUCCACUACGUUAUCCGCAACAAGUCAAUUUUAUGUAAACAUCUCUGGUGGGAAAGUUUUUGAAUAUUCACAUGAAAAUCUGUCGCCAAUUGGAUGGAAACCUAGCUAGUGAGUUCCAUGAGGAAAAAGGAAAAAGUCCAUGUAACUAAGUUCUCUGGUACCUUGUAUUGUAUCUAUCAUUUAUGGAUACUUGGAGCACUUCAAGGUAGUCAAACAGAUGGAUAUCCAUAGCUUGGGGGGAGUCACUAAUGGAGUGCAUAUCACUGUCUAAUAUAUUU